AUGCACACAAGACUGAAAACCAUACGAGCCUUUUCAAACACCAAUUCCAUCAUCUUCACUCAAACAUCAUCAUCAUCACAUGAUUGUCUUUCUCUUCACUUCUUCUUGGUUGUUUUAUUCUUUUUAUUCUUGUUUAGUCAUGUUCUGUUGGUUUCGAAUGGAGAACAAAUUCUAUUCGGAGGAUCCUUUACCUUGUCAGCAUCAUCAAAACAACAACAAGAAAUUCAUCUCUUUGAAAACACUAUCCAAAAUCUUGCCUUGUACAAUACUGAAACCUCUUCAGUCACUCCGUUCUAUAAAACACCUCCCGAUGGUCCAAUUCAUGUCGUGUUAUAUGAAUCGAAAUGUGACAUGUUAUUUGUGGGAGGAAGAUUUACGAGUAUUGAUGGUGUGAAAACUGGACCAAUUGCUGUUAAAAUUGCAGCUUCGAGUGGAAAUUCAACAUCAAAUUUAUGGACAUCAUUGAAUGUAUUUGAUCGUGAUAUUUAUAUGGGAGAAUGGUCGGCCAAUGCAACUGUGUUGGAUAUCAAAGUAUUUUACAAUAACGUGUUCAAGCAAUGUCAACCUUCAAUUUUGAUGGCUGGACAAUUUACAAAGGCAGCUGGAAUUGAUAACGUUAAUAACGUUGUAAUGAUUGACACCAAUUCUUUGAAGUGGGAUUUAUUUGCUAGUGCUGGAGUGAGAGGUGUGAGAGGAACUUGUGUCAAUACUGUACUAAUUCAUGAUGACAAUUAUAUUUUUAUGUGGGUGGGAAUUUUCCAGAAUAAUCAUGUCUAUGAAGAUGUGUUUGUUAUUGGUGGGGCAUUUACUGCUCCAAAGCAAUACCUAUUUCUAUACAAGCCAAGUAAAUCCAUACAUUACAUUCGACAUUUCAAGAAGAGAGUAAUUCUACUCUCUCCAUUUCAAGUGUUUGAUGACGACUCGACCAUGUUUGGCAUUCGAAAAAUGGAUAUUUAUCAAGAUCAAUUAUAUAUGGCUGGAGAAUUUGUUUAUCAAAGCGAUUGGGGAGAGAUUAUGAAUUUUCUUAGCCCCAACAUUAAUGGAUAUGUUUCUUCAGAACAAUGGAACACAUCUCAAAGGUUAUUUACAAACACCACCAUUCAUACUUUGUCGCUUUGCAAACCACCCUUUAAAUUUUGUUCAAAGGGAUCCUAUGUGAUAGCAAAACGAGAUUUUGAAAUCUCUCCCAAUCAUAACAACCAUUCAGAUGACCAUGUUUAUUAUUAUAAGGAUUUCUUGUCAUUGGUGUUGUACAAGGAAAACGAUAACAAGAAUUCAAUGGAUAGCAGCAUCACGAUUGAUUUAUUUGUAGAAGCUUCUUCUUCAGAGAUGGAUACACAAGUGAUUCAUUCUGCAAUUUUUCUUGCAAAUUCAUGCUCCACAACAACCACCAUCCCUACUGCUGCUUUCUCCCUAUUGUCGUUGGUGCUUGUUCACGUUGUGUUCGUCAUAUAA